AUGGUGGCUGCGCGCCCGGAUCAGUCCGUUCCCCUCCGACAGGUCGGCGGGAAGCAGGCGGCGGGAGCCUCGGGUCGAGGUCUUGUGCGUUGUCAUCUUCAGAAAGCUGCUCUUAAGCGCCUGCUCUCGGCCUUUCUUCUUUGUGAAACGCUCGUCUUCUCCACUGCAGUGUUGGGGGCGCAAUUUGAAGAUGAGGCGGGUAUAAACGACUGGCUUUCCGAACAGGUCGCCGGCGUUACGCAUUUGAUUGCGAGCGAGGAUACCGGUCCUUCGGAGAAUACUUUCUUUGUUGGAACAAGCCACGGUGUCGUAGCGGCAUUCAGCGAGGCGGAGGGUUCACUUCGAUGGCGGAGGGUCCACAGGGAGAGUGACCGCGUCGCACGCCUCGAGCGACACGCCCCGUACCUCGUCGCUCUGCUCCAGCAGCCCGCCAGAGCACCGCCGAGCACAACGGGACUGACGGUCGCUCCAGAAGCGGUUCGGUCUGGGCUGUAUGUCCAGCUGGACACCAGCGGCAGUUUGGUGUGGAGUGUCGAGGAGGGCGUGAGAGACUUCGCCGUGGGGCGAGGGCCAGAUGGUGCACCGGCAGUGGCUAUUUUAAGGCCUGGCGGCCGUGGUGUCGAGGUGCGAAAUCUAAAGGAUGGCCACGUCGUCUGGGCGGCUGGUGAUGGAGCUGAGCUGGGGGACCAGACCCGCGUCGCGUCGGCCUUGGAGGGCGUUGCGUCGGUUCUCGCUGUCGCACAUCUCCCGCAAAAGGAAGGCGCUCUGGUGCUGCUGUACAAAAAAGGCCCCAGCCAAAGCGAAGUCCGCAUGCGCGUUCUUGCCUUCAAAGACGGGAAGCAGCUGAGAGACGCGCCGUCGCAUAUCGCUGCUCCAGGCACGCUCAGCCUGGUCCAAGGCAGCACCGACUGCGCAGGCUUCCUCAAGACCACUGCCUCCGUUGACUCCCCCCCAACUUUGAGCGUCGUCGCAUCGAACGGCCAAGAUUUCUUCGUGAGCAAACCGUUGUCUCUGGCAGCCCCCGGCAAGCUCCCGAGGUCGGCUGUCUCCCCUUCCGUCCACGUCGCUGCGCUUCCCGUCGCGGGGUGUUUCUUCGCCGUCACUGGCGAAGACUCUCGACAAACGGUCAUCUUGCGCGGCGAAGGCUCGGGCGAGCAGUUCCAACUGCGGCAACACUAUACUCUUGCAGCCGGUCACUGGGCGUUCGGCAAGCUUCUGGUCGAUGGCAACCGAACUGGGAGCGACAUCUGGACGCAACUGGGAGGACGCGACAUGGCGUCAGCCCCUUCAGAUUUGGUUCUUGCGACAACGGUCGAGAACGAUACGCUCCGUGCCUUCGUCAUGGACGCACGGACUGGAGUGCAGGUCCGCUAUCUGUCGCUUCCUUUCGAACAGCAAAAGAGCGACGCGCAGAAACUGGCAAUGGCUGUGGCCAAGCAGCGGUCGACAGCAGGCCUUGUGGAGCCUUCCCUCAUCAGCGCCGAGCUCAUCUAUGGUCGCCUGCUGGCGGGUGAAGAUCCGUCGGCACGCCGUGCGGUGCUUGUAACCUCCGAUGCGUCGCUCUCUCUUGUAACGGGGGCUCACUGGGUCUGGUCGCGGGAAGAGGGCCUCGCAGAUAUUCGUGGGACCGUUAUGUUCGCAAUGCCGUACACCGCGAGCCGUCCAACAGAACGACGCGAGUGGGCUUCGCUGCCAUUCAUAUCCGCGCUUCUUCCCUCGGGGUUGGAGCGGCUGGCCCUGGAGGCUGCGCUCGCGUCGCCUUCAGAUUCCGCCGCGCAGCGAAGUUGGGCCGAGUACCUGAAGCUUCAAGCGGCGCGUCUGACUGCCUCCGCAGUCCUGGGAGUUGCGCAGAUGCUGGAAGCGACUGUGGCGUUCUGCCGAGAGGCGGUCCAGGGCGUUCGCCGCGCGUUCAAGAUGAGUUCUGGAGCCCGUGCCGGGGCAAGAGAAGGAGCAGAGGACGUGCCGCUGCGUGCAUGCUUCCGACCAGGCAAGCGGGCGGCGCUCGCGCCGUUCGGCUUCGCUUCGCUUUCGGCACACACGAAGCUGCGUCUGCUGGGUUUCGUCGCGUUCGAGGGAGCGUCGGAAGAGACGGCAGACCUGGCGCUGAACGCCGCUGCCGCUGAAGAGGUGCUGAUGCCACGGGGACGGAAAGCCCCGGCGGUGCACGUCGAUCCGCGGCUGUUUGGGUGGACGGAGUUGAUCAUCGCCGCGACAUGUUCUGACCAGGUCUACGCGCUGCAUGCGGCAACGGGCCUGGUCAUCUGGCAGCAGAGCCUCCGUUUCUGGAAGACCCGCGAAGCGCACAGGGCGGCCUAUCGAGCCUGCAGAGCGAGCAGCACGCUGGAUUCUUCGCCCUUCGUCGGCGUGUCCGCGACCAACGGCCGAAAAACGUCGGUGCUCCGUGUGCGCCCGGAUGGGCCAAGCCAGGGCGGAUCUCUGGCCUCGCGCUUUGCGGAGGGCCCCCUGCAGACGGGCGGCAUCGUGGGGAUGCACCUUGUCGGAGAACACAAAAAGGAGCUCCUCGUGGUGGUUGUUGACUCAGCCGAGCAGAGCUCUCGACUGGUGUGGCUGGACGCGUCUCUGGGCACGGUGCUGCACGUGGCCGCGGUGCCGUUCGUUCCAGCGCAUGUCGUCCCGCUCCAGGCUGUCGACCCCUACCACCAGGUGGCCAGCGCAGCGGAGCGCGACACUCAGACCUUUUUCGAGAGUACAAACGGGGCCCUCGUGGUCGACGCCAGCGGCCGAGCGCCGGUUCUUAUCCCCAGGAAGGCCGAGACCGAAACUGAGCUUGAGACGAAGAUGCACUGCAAGCUGGCGAGACAUCUCUCGCACCACUUGAGUCUCUACGAGUUGGACGUCGCUAGCCAGCAGCUCUUCGGCUUCCUCGUGCGCACUGAGGAACUGCAGACUGGUGGCCAGCCCGGGGUCGCACAGUGUAGCCUCCGGACACAGCGAACGUGGAACGUUCCUUUUGGCGGAUCGGGCCAAGCUCUGAUAGCCGCUGCUCGGCCGCUCCACUCGGACUACCCUCACGUCCCUGUGUCAGUCACGAGUAACAUUUCGAUUGUUUACAAAUACAUCAAUCCGAAUCUCAUGGCUGUCGUCACGAAGACAGAGCGGGGCGACGCAGGACUCGCUGGAGCAGGGGCGUCGCUCAUGCUCCAUGUAGUGAACCUCACAGACGGCUCGGUGGUCUACUCGGAGUAUCUGCCUAGUGCCGCCUCCAUGCCUCUCCAUCUAAUGAUGUAUGACAACGUCGUUAUGACGCACUACUGGAACCUCCAACACGCUCGCUACGAACUCCAUUUUGUCGAACUGCAAGACGCGCAGAAAGACGAAGGGCCUUUGAGCAUCAUUUUCUCUGCAGCCCGACACAUUGUGCCCAGACUGACAGGCUUUGAGCUGCCGCCUCCCACUGGGAUCAGUCAGACGUACAUCCUUCCCACAGGUGUACGCGCCUUCGGCGUCACAGCUACGCUACAGGGCAUAACGACGCGCGCCAUCUUGCUGGCCACCUCAUCGUCCCAUCAGGUUUACUCCAUGUCUACGCGUUUGGCCAAUGCGCGGCGUCCCCGCCUCGUGGACGAGCACGGCCGGCCGCCGAAAGAAGCCAGUCCCGCCCGGCAGCAAGAGGAGGGGGUUCUUCCGUAUCAUCCGCUCCUGCCUCUCCUUCCUCACGACUGCAUUUCGUAUUACAACCAGGUGUUUCACGUGCGGGGCAUUGGGGCCCACCACACAGCGCGCGAGUCAACUUCUUCCACUUUCGCCUUCGGUCUCGACCUCUUCUUCGCUCCUGUGCAACCUGCCAAGGGAUACGACGUCCUCAACUCUCAAUUCAACUACGGCCUCUUGGCGGCCGCGAUGGUGACCCUUCUUGUUUUGGUUGUUGUGACGCGCUGGCGGGCGAAGGAGGCGGAUUUGGCUGCUAAGUGGAAAUAA